AUGUGUAAUUUUGACAUCGUAACCUGCCCAGCCAAGGCUGCACAUUGGAUGAAGCUCGAUGCAAUUUACUUAUGUGCACGAUCACGGUCAACUUUCAUUCCCUGCAGCAUCUACUCAGCAGGUCAAGCACAAGUUCAAAAAUCUACUCAUCAGAUGUAUCCUGAACCUUGCCGCAGAUGUCAUCCCAAUAUAGAACAAGACGUAAAGGAAGCAAUGUCCACUCCUAUCGGGACAGUCCUCAGUGAACAAGAGAUUGUUUCUCAAUCUCAGACGACGGCCAACAACAUUCGCCAUGAAACAAAUAGAAAGAUCCAUUUCGAAGAUAGUCAUGUUUCAGAUAAACCGUGUGAUAGGCGAGGUGACUGCGAUGGUAUGGAUGACGGUGGUGGAUGCUAG